UCCAAGUACAGAAGACAGGGUAGGACUUAGAGAAGAAGAAUAAAGAAGGAAAAUACAAAGGAAAGGAAGUCUUCUCGUACACACCAAUAUAAAUUCCGUUACUUAACUUGUUAACUUCAAUUUUGAAUACCUUGGAAUCAAAGCUAUCGUCUAAUAUUCAUCACCAAUAAAUUUCCUAAAUUCCCGUAAGUAUCGGAUUUCCCCAGAUUUAAGGAUCGAAAAGUUAUGGCAACUGCAACUAUGGCGACUGCAGCUGGUGCUGCUGCUCUCUUGUAUUAUACAUUGAAUAGAAAAAUAGUGUCCAGUACCACUAAGAGAGAUGAUGAUGAAGAUAGUGGUGGUGUGGACACACAAACUCAUUCAGGGAUUGAUCGAGUUUCAAAUAGGCUCAUACAAGCUCCUGCAACAUGGUUAGAGACAAUUUCAACGUUAUCUGAGACACUAAGGUUUACAUAUUCUGAGACUCUGGGAAAGUGGCCCAUUGGUGAUUUGGCUUUCGGAAUCAGCUUUCUGUUAAAGAGGCAGGGAAAUUUACACGUUGGAAGCGUAUUUGGAGGGAAUGAUAGCCAUCAACUCAAAGGACCUGAAAUUACAUUGGAGCUUAGACAUCUCUUGAACUUGUUGACGCUUUGUUGGCAUUUUUCCAAAAAACCAUUUCCACUGUUUUUGGAGGAGACGGGCUUUUCCCAAGAAAAUGUUCUUCUCCAAGAACCUAAGGCCGGAAUACUGAAACCGGCUUUUACAGUUCUGGUUGAUCAAAAUUCAAAAACAUUCCUCUUAUUGAUUCGUGGAACACACAGUAUCAAGGAUACUCUGACAGCUGCUACUGGAGCAGUAGUACCUUUCCAUCACUCUGUCGUGUGUGAGGGAGGAGUCAUCAAUUUGGUUUUGGGUUAUGCACAUUGUGGGAUGGUUGCAGCAGCUCGCUGGAUUGCUAAACUUGCAACUCCUUGUCUCCUUAGAGCCCUCAACAAUUAUCCUGAGUAUAAACUUAAGAUUGUAGGACAUUCUUUGGGUGGUGGUACUGCAGCUCUUUUAACUUAUGUAUUGCGUGAGCAGAAGGAACUAUCAACAGCUACGUGUGUAGCAUUUGCUCCAGCUGCUUGUAUGACAUGGGAAUUGGCUGAAUCUGGCACUGAAUUCAUUACUUCUGUAAUAAAUGGAGCUGAUCUGGUGCCAACAUUCUCUGCUGCUUCAGUGGAUGACCUUCGUGCUGAGGUGACAGCAUCAGCCUGGUUGAAUGAUCUUAGGAAUCAGAUUGAACAAACUCGAAUCCUUAGUACUGUUUAUCGAUCUGCUUCAGCCUUGGGUUCUCGUCUUCCAUCCAUGGCAAGUGCUAAAGCAAAAGUUGCUGGUGCUGGUGCAAUACUGCGCCCAGUAUCUACUGGUACACAGGUUGUUAUGAAGAGAGCCCAAAGCAUGGCUCAGGCAGCAUUAUCAAGACCUGGCAUGCGAUUAUCCUCAUGGUCAUGCAUGGGUCCUCGACGUCGUUCAGCAAAUAAACAAGGGAGCACUAAUGAUGGGGCAGAGUCUUUGGAAUCUUCUGCAAUUCAUGGAGAAACAUCUGAACCAUUCCUUGCUACCUCUGAGGUGACCUCAAGUAGCAUUGACAGCUCUGAAAUCCCUGUAUCUUCAUCAGGAGGGGUGGUGUGGAGUUCAGGAAGUUGCUCAAGUGAGAUCAGAUGCGGUGUUGAUGCUGACCUUGAUGAGGGCGAGGAUGUCUUGGACCAUGAUAGACAUCAAGAUCGUAUGACGGAAGUUGAGUUGUGGCAACAAAUUGAGAAAGAGCUUUAUGAUCAGAUUGAAUGUGAGGAAUCUGAUGUGGUGAAGGAGAUUAGGGAAGAAGAAGCAGCAGCUAUUGCAGAGGUAAGUGAUAGUGACUCUGAAAGCUCACUGCCUAAUACAAAGGAAGUGCACAGGUUUUUCCCCCCGGGAAGAAUAAUGCACAUCGUGACACUUCUUACUGAUGAGGUGGACUGUGGAAUUGACAGCAUUACUUCUAGUAGCUUGGACCAUUGUCAACCAGCUGAGCCAAAAGUUGGAAUUUUUCUGACUCCUAGGUCAUUGUAUAGUAAACUAAGGCUGUCCCAGACCAUGAUUGCUGAUCACUUCAUGCCAGUUUAUAGAAGACAAAUGGAAAAGCUCAUAAGAGAACUUGAGGAAGAGAGCUCUGAUAGCCAUCGUUUUGAUCAGGAAAUUUAAGAAGAUAUUUUGUGUAGUGCACCCGAUUCUAGAUUUUAGGAAAAUGAUGCUGGAGGAGGCUUAUUUCUUUAUCUGCCUCCAAAAUGCUGCUUUCCAAUUUUCUCCAUUGUCAGAAGUUGGAAGUCCUUGUGGCCCUGUGUUAUUGCAGGACAAAGAAGUAAUAUCUCAAGAAUAUAAGAAGUCUUAACUCGACUGACCCUUCCGGUGGGACCUUUGGUUCAAGGGAAAGAGAGGUUGUCGCGCUGCUUUUAGUGGGUUAUAGUCUCUGUAUAGUUUAACAUUGAAUUUAUUCUUUGUUUUUGUGUCGGGGGGCAGUGAAUUUGAUUUUGGUUGCUCUUUGGUGCGGGCAAUAUAUGAAUGAAGGGGGGAUUUGUAGUCUGGAGAUGCCCCUCCAUUGUAUCAUCUUUUGUUGCUUUGGUUGUUCAUGGUCAUCUCACUUGUAACCCUCAAAAUCUCCCAAAUGGGAGAAACUUUUUAUUCCAAACCCGACUCUGUUCAGUUCUUAAAUGUGAUGGCAGGGAAGCGGUCGUAGCGCUCCCCGGUGUAUAGGAAUUAAGUAGGCUUUGAGCGACUCAGGAAUGGAAAAUUAGGGAUCCCAUCUGCUAUGGGCCUUUGUCAGCUGUUCAAUGAAAAUGUCCAAUGGGGGGUCCUCCUGU